AUGGUCUCUAAUCAAUCUUGCCUCUCACUUGGUGAUGGUUGGAAGACGAAUAAGCAUCACGUUCACAAGGCCUCCAUCGACACAGUCCAUGCAUCAUCCAGGUCUGAAUCACAUUCGUUCUAUAUCACAAAUUUCCCAGAUUACAUUAUACAUUCCGAUAUUUGGCGUGCAUGUUCUUGGUUAGGAAAAGUUUGCGAUAAUCUUUGUGAAGUAUGGUUUGGGUAUUACAAAUUGUUUGCCUCUACACACCGUAUUCAAAAGAAAGCUACCAGCCCUUAUAUGGAACCACCUAAGGUGGUGAAGAAACGAGAGAACAUACCUGUUUCAUAUGCAAAUGUAGUACAAGGUGGUAACAGUGAGUUUUCCUCAUUUAUCAAAGAUGAAAUAGCCAUUGUUCUUGAAUCUAGGAAUUUUGUUAUUGAUAAUAAAAAACUUGCGUGUUUAGCUAAGGCCCGUGACUUUAACACUCUUCCCAACCUAGGAAUGUUAUACCAUGAUGAAGGUUUUGAUGUAUGA